AUGAGCAGCAAGCAGCCGACAGAGCAGAAACCAUGCUUCUUCCUCAAGAUCGCCGGCGAGCUCCGCAAUCGCAUCUACCGCGAAGUGCUCCUGCAGCCAGCGCCGAUCGAUUACGGAGAUAAGGGCUACAUUCGCCCAGCUCUCCUCAACACCUGCAAGGCAAUCCGCUCAGAGGCCUUGAAGAUCUACUACUACGAGAACUCCUUCCACACCGACGUUUGGGCUUACAACGCCUCGGGGAUGUACCGAUUCCGCACCUCACUCGAGCCGAUUGGAGUCAAUUAUGAGAAGAUCGAGGAGAUGACUACUACGUGCUUUGACCUGGCUUCUUGGAGCAAUCUGAUGGAGUGGUUGCGCCAGUAUCAUGCCGAUCUGAACGACUGGAGGAUCACGUACAAGGAGGAGGAAGACGAAGACUACGAUCGUGCGAGGCUCCAAGAAGCUCUCAGUCAAAUGUUCGACGUCGUGGAGGGGCUGGGAGGAAUGGAAUGGGAGCAGGUCGAGCAAGAGAUGGGGAGUCUUGACAUGCUGGAAAGUCAGUUCAUUGGCCUGAUUCUAAACAAGACACCCUCAUUGUCGCUGAUUGAGGCGCUUGACUCAGUGCAGUCAGGCGCUUUUGCGCCAACGAGCUGA